GGAACCUUGUGUGCAGAGGUUCCUAAGGCUGCGUGCACAGGGAAGCUUUUGGGUGCUGCACCGCCGUACGCUAUGCCCUUCAGCCCGGAGUGCGGAGGAGGACGGUAGCUCGGUCACAGCGUUUGUAGUCGUGGUUUUUCUUAUAGUUGGAGUCGAGGUCAGACCUCACGUGGAACCCGCAUCAAUAUGAUGAACGGACGGCCGGGCCAUGAGCCCUUAAAAUUCCUGCCGGAUGAGGCCCGGAACCUGCCCCCGCCCAAGCUGAAUGACCCGCGGCUUGUCUACAUCGGCCUCCUGGGUUACUGCACCGCCCUGAGCGACAACCUGAUGCGGAGGAGACCUGUGAUGACAGCAGGUUUGCAUCGCCAGCUUCUAUUUGUUACUUCCUUUUUCUUUGCUGGAUAUUUUUAUUUAAAACGUCAAAACUAUUUGUAUGCUGUGAAGGACCAUGAUAUGUUCGGGUACAUAAAAUUACAUCCAGAAGAUUUUCCUGAAAAAGAGAAGAAAACUUAUGCUGAAAUUCUUGAGGCAUUCCAUCCAGUGCGUUGAAGUCUUCAAAAGGCUCCUUCCUCCUCACCACAACCUGAAUAUUUUCUGAAUUUUAUGGGAUAUCUUUCUGUGACAGUGAAGUUUAGGUUAAUAUGUUAACACUGUAAUUAAAAUAGUUAUUAUGAGUCCUC